CUAGCACCGAGCAGUCAGCUCAUCCCGGGCGCAGCCGGGUCGCAGGAUUGGUCGCCGCGGGCAGGGUGGCCCGGAGCGCCGGUCCCUGGAUCCCCGCGCGCGAUGGCGUCGGGUGGCUGGCGCUGGCUGCGCGGCCUGUGGGCAGCGGGGCAGCCCAUGUUCCAAGGCCGCGCGCUGCUCUUCACCAACACGCUGGGCUGUGGCGUGCUCAUGGCGGCCGGGGACGGCGCGCGCCAGUCCUGGGAGAUCCGCGCCCGGCCCGGCCAGAAGUUCGACCCCCGGCGCUCAGUGAGCAUGUUUGCUGUGGGCUGCAGCAUGGGCCCCUUCCUACACUACUGGUACCUCUGGCUGGACCGCCUGUUCCCUGCAUCUGGCCUCCGUGGACUUCCAAACGUCCUCAGGAAGGUCCUCGUCGACCAGCUGGUGGCCUCUCCCUUGCUGGGUGUCUGGUACUUCUUGGGUAUUGGCAGCCUAGAGGGCCAGUCCCUGGAGGAGAGCUGCCAGGAGCUUCGGGACAAGUUCUGGGAAUUCUACAAGGCUGACUGGUGCGUGUGGCCUGCGGCGCAGCUGGUGAACUUCCUCUUUGUGCCCCCCCAGUUCCGAGUCACCUACAUCAAUGGCCUGACACUGGGCUGGGACACGUACCUUUCCUACCUGAAGUACCGGGUGAACGCAGUGGGCAGACCAGGCACCCAGGAAACUUCUCAGGGCCCACACAUGUGAGCCCCAAAUGGCAGUACAGCUCCCCUCCAGGGUGAGGGCCUUCUGUGCCCUUGACAAUCCGCACCCCACGGUUGGCAGGCGGGAAGCUGGUCACCAGCAGGGGGAAGACCGAGCCCCUCUCAGCGGUCCAACAGGACCUUAGCCAGGCCCCUGCCUCAUCUUUUCAGUGAGGCUGACUUCAACCCCCAGACAAGGGAGGGCUUGGUGAGGAGCCGGAGGAAGGGAUGAAGGUGGCGUGUGACCAGACCCUAUUGUGUGGACAGACCCCAUGCACCCUGACACCCCAGCUUGGGUGGCCCGGUGAGGACGGAGUUGCCCCACCCCCUCGACUAGAUGCCAGAUGAGGCAAAACUGAUUCCAGCUGACCACCCACCUGGGUGGGAAGGGGGAUGGGCCCAAAGCAGGGCAGGGUCCUGGGCUGAAUUCCAGCCCCACCCCCACUCCUGGGCAUCUGGCUGGGCUGCCCCUUCCAAGCCCACUACCAGGCCUUAGUCUUCCCAUCUGGAACAUAACCAUGAAGAUGGACAGUCAUCCCCCAGGUCUUCUCAAUGGGAGCCUCUAUGACCAAGAUGUCCCAUUUUCAGCACUGGGCCCCGGCCACCCAGCCAGUCCCAAGCCCUCAAAACUGCUGGGCUGGGCUCUGGGCCCUGGAACAAAGGUGGGGACAUUGCCUGUCCACUCAGCAGGGCCUAGCCUGGGCAGCACCAGGGUCAUGUUCUGAUUGUGGGCUGUGGAAACUUCAUUAAAUUCUCUCUGUAACUGAAA